GAGAGCAAGCUUCCCAGACAAGCAAAUGAUCAAGGCAGGGUGAAACCACAUCUGGACAUUCUCUGGCAAAGACAGAAAACAGCAGACGUUCACAGUUGUUGCUUUGCGGAGAGGAUAGACAGCAAGCGACAGGCUUUCCUGAUCAUCUUAAUAUUCCUGUUCCAAAAUGCGGGCUUUGCCUUUCUUCUGGAUCCUGUUCCUGCUGGUACCUCUUAGCUCCUUGGCUCAAGAUGGCCCUGAUCAAUCUUCAAGAAGUCCUUGUGCUAACUGGAUGGGAGGUGUACCUGGCUACCCCGGACACAAUGGCCUUCCAGGAAGAGAUGGUAAAGAUGGAAAGAAUGGAGACAAGGGAGAUAUGGGAGAACCAGGUCCAAAAGGCCCCGAAGGCGAACCAGGGAAAUCAGGACCUUCAGGACCCGAGGGGCCUCGUGGUUUUCCUGGGGCACCUGGAAUAAAAGGAGAGAGUCCUUACGUCCAACGUUCAGCUUUCAGCAUGGGACUGAGCACCAAAUUUUCUCUUCCCAAUGUUCCUAUCCGAUUCACCAAGGUGUUUUACAAUGAGCAGCGGCAUUACGAUGAGAGCACUGGGAAAUUCCGCUCUGCUAUCAAAGGGCUCUACCAGUUCUCAUACCACCUCACCGUCUACAUGAAAGAUGUCAAAGUUGGGCUGUACCGAAACAACAAACCAAUAAUGUUCACUUUUGAUCAGUUUCAGAGCAACAAUGUUGACCAAGCCUCUGGCUCAGUCCUGCUACAGCUUGAAGUUGGAGAUGAAAUUUGGCUACAGAUAUAUGGGGAUGAGAGCUUCUCAGGCAUCUAUGGAGAUAAUCUAAAUGAUUCGACUUUCUCUGGCAUCCUUCUGUAUCCAGACUAAGUCGAUUUAUCAAUUCCUGCCUAGAAGGGCUGCACUAUCUCAUGUAUUGCAGUCCUUUAGUUAAGGCUCAUUACAAUGUUUAGCAGGUUUUUAGCAAACUCAGAUGUAUUAAUGCUGUUUAUAACACCAUAGGAUGUUGUUAGGACUAAAUCCUUUCCUUAAUAUACAGAAGAGCAUGAUUUUUUAGCAUGAGAUAUUUGUACAUGUAUCCAAACUCCUAGAAGAACAGGUGUGUGUGUGUGUGGUCUGUUACCUGUUUUGUAUUUCUUGCCAUUCGUUUUAAAAAAAAAAUAUAAAAUCCUGCAAUUAGCUUGUAUUUAGGGAUUUUAUUAGAAUUUUUUUCUUAUUGAAACUUUUUUGAAAUCCCUGUUAUGCCUGCUCCUAUCACUGCAUUGCCCUGUUUUCAGUGGUACGGUAGCCUAAUUCACUAAGGAGUGGUAACGACCUGGUUCCAUAGCAUAUUAUCAGCAAAAACCCAGCUGCUAUCAUUCUGAAUCAGUCUAGAAGUCUGGGCUACUGUACUGCACCACAAAUUGUGUUUCUUUAUAUCUAUCAUUCCCUGAAUUCCAUAUCCAGAGCUUGUUGAUGACUUCCCAGAGAUGACAAAAAGACAUCAGUGUUCCUUUCAGCUAAUAAAACUCAUCCCAAUACCUUUGACUGCUCAGUAACUUAGUUAGCAGGUUAUAUUGAAUCAGAGGUGAUGUUGUGACUAUAGGUCCCCAAGACCAAGCAAUAUAAGGCAGUUCUCUGUCUAUUGUUUGUAUCCGAUCUGGGUUUCCUGCAUAAGCUCAGUUUGUAAGACAAAUACUUUGAGAAUGGUAUUAUACAGUUGUUUUCAUUUAGAAUGCACAUAGCUUAUUAAGCAGCCCACCCCAUAAAAAACCUCAAAGUAUGGAAUAAGGAAUACCCCGAUGUUAUCCUAUCAGUACCAUCACCAAUCCCCUACUGGCAUAUUUUGUAAAUGAAUAAUUAAAUAAAACCAUUUUUUGUUCA